AAAACACUACAAAUAUAUGUCAGACUCUGAAGACCAAAAGUCAGAAAUUGAAGCCCAGCAGGAGGAAGAAAAGGUUGCCUCCAAAGAAGCUAAAAAGAGAAAGACAAGGACUAGAGGUUCCAAGAAAAAGAAAGCUAAGAAGGAUGAAGAGGAUCAACCCAACCUACAUGGAACCACUGAGAAAGGAGAGAAAAUAUUCUCAAUUUUCCUCUCAGGACUUCCUUAUGAAUGCGAUGAGGAUAAGAUCAGAGAGUUUCUUGGAAAUCCUAAGACUAUCGUUGAUAUCAAGCUUCCGAAAUACCAAGACACUGGUAGAUGUCUUGGCUACUCCCAUGUUGAAUUCAAUAGAAAGAAGGACUACGAACAUGGCCUCUCCCUUGAUGGGCAAAAGAUAGGCAACAGGUACAUUGAUAUCGCUCCUUCCAAAGGAAAGUCUGUCAAGAAAGUAGUCAGGUCCAAAAUACCUCCACCAGGAUGUAGGACUAUUUUCGUUGGAAAUUUACCAUACGACAUCACUGAAGACCAGGUCGGAGACAAAUUCAGGAAAUUUGGAGAAAUUGAUCAAGUAAGGUUCGCAGUGAAUUACCAAACAAAGGUGUUCAAAGGUUUCGGCUACGUAGACUUCAAGUACCCUGAGGCUGUCCCAAGAGCCUUAGAUUUCGAUGGAACUGAAUUCAAGGGACGAAAACUAGCCGUAGACUUCUCCACUUCAGGUCCUCGCCACGGUUACAAAAUCAGGAUCCAUGACGAAGGCAACAAGUUGUACAAUAAGGGCAUCAAGAAGGAAAUUGCUGCUAAAAAGAGACGUAAGGAGAAAAUGAGAGCCAAAAUGGAAGAAGGAAGAGACUUUGCAUAA